GCGUUCAGCACCGGGGAGCUGUCCGUGGUGUUGAAUCUUCGUGACGCAAGACGAGAGGCCUCUGAUGUCCUCCAGAGAGUCAUCUGAAGUGGGGAAUUAGACUCAACUGAAGAUAAGGACAUUAACUUUUACCAGCUGCCUCUCGGGAUGCUUCCUGCUCAAGAAGCGGCCAAGAUCUACCACACCAACUACGUGCGCAACGCCCGGGCCAUGGGCGUCAUGUGGCAGGUGUUCACCGUCACCUUCGCCGUCAUCAUGGUGGUGGUGUUCAUCCAGCCCUACUGGAUCGGGGACAGCGUGAACACGCCGCAGGCGGGCUACUUCGGCCUGUUUCACUACUGCAUCGGCAACGCACUCACCUCGGAGCUCACCUGCAAAGGCAGCGCGCUGGACUUCGGCUCCAUCCCGUCCGGGGCCUUCAAGACGGCCAUGUUCUUCGUGGGCAUCUCCAUGCUGCUGAUCGUGGGGAGCAUCGUCUGCUUCAGUCUCUUCUUCUUCUGCAACGCCGGGAGCGUCUACAAGAUCUGCGCCUGGACGCAGCUGGCCUCCAGUACGUGCAUGGUGAUCGGCUGCAUGAUCUAUCCCGACGGCUGGGACUCGGAGGAAGUGAAGCGCAUGUGCGGCCAGCGCACUGACAAAUACACCCUGGGAAACUGCACGGUGCGCUGGGCCUACAUCCUGGCCAUCAUCAGCAUCAUGGACUCACUCAUCCUGUCCUUUCUGGCCUUCAGCCUCGGCAGCAGGCAGGACAAGCUGCUGCCCGAGGACUUCCAGGUUGAGGGGAAGGAUAAUGCAUAGAUCCAUGGUGAACACAAUGAGGAAAUGCAACCAACUCGACACUGACAUAAACCCCCAGGAGUUUACCGGCGAAAAUCCUUC